UCUUCUGAACGUUAUUUUAUAAGUGUUCUGUGAUUUGUGAGUACUGAUGUCAUGAAUUUGAGAAUAUAGUCGCCAUAUUUGUUGCAGUCAGGCUGUGGUGUAAUAAUAAUUAUAAACUCUACGUGGAAGUGAUUAGUAAAUAUUCAAUUCCAACAUGUGUUAAUCCUAUUUUCAUAAUCUGUGAUAUUAAUUUAAGAUAACCACUUAUUCUGUAUUCAAAAACGCAAUUCAAGAUGAUGAGUGAAGAAGUUAAAGCGUACGUAUCGAGUCUUGCGGACCUUACUUUUAACAGUAAACCUCUGAUCAAUAUGUUGACUAUGCUUGCUGAUGAAAACGUUGGACAUGCAGCUGAGAUCGUAGAUGUGGUGGAAGAUCAUCUUGCUAAGGUGAAAACUGAUGUGAAAUUACCAGUUCUAUAUCUCAUCGAUUGCAUCGUCAAGAAUGUUGGUGGGCCGUACAACGAAUUAUUCAGUCGGAAUAUUGUAUCUACAUUUUGCAAUGUAUUUAGAGUGGUGGACGAAAAGACCAGAGCAGAAAUGUUUAAAUUGCGACAAACUUGGAACGAAGUAUUUUCCCCCAAAAAACUGUAUGCUAUUGACGUUCAGAUAAGAGUUUUGGAUCCUGCCUGGCCGGUGACAGCACCUGUACCAAAUAAUUGUAUUCAUCUCAAUCCUAAAUUUUUGAAGAAUACUACAGGUGCUAGUCCGACUCAUCCUAAAGCAGCGGUUAUGCCCAAUGUUCCUGUUGCGAAUGCUGAUCCCGCAACCUUGGAUAUGCAGCAACAGCUGAUUCAGAAGCAGAAAGAACUUCUCGAAUUACAACAAAAGAAAUUGGAAUUGGAGCUACUUCAAACUAAAGUCAGGUUAAGGGAGCAAAUAAGUGCAAAAACUGUCCCGGGAGCACCCACAAUUCUACCUCAAAAUGUUCUAUUGAAACCGGAAGUGGCAAAGCAACUUCUGCCUCCUAAUAGUUUAAGGAAAAUUGUAGAUAACGCUCAAAUUGUUAUGCCUUCGAAUAUACUAGCCUUAGAUACUUCAACGUCGUCAUUGAGUAAUGCUCCAACCAUCAAGAACCAAAGAAUGCAAUUCCAAGCGACCAAUACCGGCCCAAAAAUACAACCUGCAAAUAGUGCCCUGGUAGCUGCUGCUAUGAAUCGACCCAUUCGUGACCCGAGGCUGAUGAGGAUGCAGAAUCAGCAAUUGCAAGAGAAACAAACUCUUAAUACUGCAAAUAUCAAUGUUCAAAUUGAAAAUAAAAACAAUUCAGAAUCAACAAAUAAAAUUGUUAACAGUAAAACAAGUGUUCGAGACAUUCAAAAAGAUCCUCGACUGAAAAAUAUUCAUGAUAAUGCCCCUCCCCAUAAAUUCACUGAUGUAAGUAAACCCAAAUCCAAACUUUCACCCAAAUCUAAAUCUGACCGAAAUCAGGGUAGUAGAUCAUCUCGCCCCAAGAGUCAAUUAGACGAUCCUAAAUCUACUUCUAAUAAAAAUUCUUCAUCCCUUGAUUCCCCUAAAAAGUCCAAAGCUGAUAAAUCUUCCCCUUCAAAGAGCCCAUCUAGUCGCAGUAAUAAUAGAAAGGAUGUGCCAUCUCCGAAAUCUAAAAUGUUCAGAUCGUCAAGAGAGCCUAAGAUCUCGAAAAGUGAUACAGCGUUGCCUGUUUUCAAAGAUGUGAAGAACAGCAAAAACAGGAACUACGUGAGAAGAAACCGAUCGCCUCAGUUCAGUCCAGAGCCGUCAGCGAAAGAUAUCGAUCUUAGGUUGAAUGGGCCUCCGGAAAAACAACCUAGGCUUUCACCGGAUAAGGGUAUUCAACACAGAGAACCAACUCCUCCUUUAACAGUGGCAAUGGACGUCGAUUUAAGACAUAUGCCACCAUCCAUUGGAAAAAAGAGAUCUUCUUUAGAUGACAUAGAAGUUAUGCCUAGCAAGAAAAGCAAAACGGAAAUUUUUGACCAAUUAUUUGGCAAUGAAGACACAGAUUUGAGGAAGUUCGCUGUGCCAGCAAUUGACAGGCCACCUACACCGCCACCUCCAAUUAUUUCCUCAUCCGAAGUGACUGCGGAACAGCAAAAAGAACUUCAACAACCCAAAGCCGAUCUACAAACGGUCAGGGCGAAAUUGGCUGCAAAUUUGAAGAAAUCUAACUCUCCAUUAAAAAGAAAAGCGGAAGAUGAAGAUCUUAGAUUAAGUCAAGUUUCAUCUACGACAGACAUUCCCAAUAAAAUAAUAAUAUCGAAAGCGGAUGGGGAAAAAAUUAAGGAAGGCGGUAUGACAUCCGUUCAACAGAAAGAACUGAUGAACAAAAUCAUUGCUCAGAUAGAGGCUCAAAAGUUGAAAGAGGCCAAACAGAAAAAUCACGAAGAAGCCAUUGGAAACAUAAGUCUCACGCCAAUAAGCGACGAUGAACUGGAUACCGACUUCAAUGAGGAAAAUCACAAAGCUAGACAAGACAGUCCUGUACUAGCGCCACCUGCUUCAUUCGGUGAUAAAGACGAAAGGAUUAUGUUGCCACAGCAACCAAUGAUCCCUCCUGUGGAUGACGCUUUCAACAAACGUUUCGGCAGAGACAUAAGAAGAGGAGGCAUAGGUCCAAUUUGGAGGGGCGUGAGAGGUAGGCGGCACUGGGAGGGGCCUCAUAUGAGACCGCCCAUGAGGCCGUGGAUGCAACAGCCUCCACUGAACAAAUGGGGACCUGGAAUGUACAGACCUCCUCCUCCCUUCCAUGAUAUGGAACAAAACGACAGACGCUCACCUGAAGGUGAUAUAAUCAUAGAAUCGGCCAGUCAAGAAGACAUCAAAACGAUAACAAUCGAUGGAUUACCCAGGGACAUCAGGUAUUACGAUGAAGUCGCCAUAAUUUUCAUGAAUUGGGAUGAUCCGAGAGAGAUAUCGUUCCAAGACGGUACCAGAAGGGUGAUUUUCAACGAUACCGAUAUGUAUAUGAUGAAUUUCAACGAGCCCUAUAGGGAACAUAGGAUCGGAGAUAGUUUACAUCAGGUGAAAUUAGGAAGUCCCAGCCGGGAAAUUUACAUCGACUAUAAGCCUUACGAGUGUUACUUCGGAGGUCCCGGAAUCACAAUCGAUUUGAACGGAAAGGUGACUACGGUCAAACUGGAUGGUCCCCCGCCCCAAGUUAAAAUUGGAGAGAGUCGCUCAGAUCUGGUCGCCGGAAAAAUUAAGCUUAUCAUUGACGCCAAGACGAUUAUACCGAUUUUCUUGGACGCCAAAGUGCAAAAGUUCAAUUACAACGGAGAUCAACACACCGUACAGUUUUUGCCGGGGCUUAAAAACGCUCUGAUAAAUAACGAACAUUUCGAAGUGCAAUUCGGUGGUUUGCCCAAGCCGGUUAUGCUAAAAGAUAAAAGACAUUACAUAAGGUUCUCGGUCUUGCCGAAAGCGUUGAAACAGGGACACAUCCAGAUAAAGGGCUUGGAAACUGAAGAUUUCAAUUCGAGUCCUCAAAUUGAAGAAAGUAUAGAUUUGAAUGAACCCGCAUUGCCUAUUCCGCAAAGGGUCUUGAAGGCCUACGACCCCAGUACUUCCCCAGACGAUUCCAGUUCCGGCAAUCUGUUCCAGAACGUAUUGCAACAACAAAAUAUUCAAAACUUGGACUUCCUAACAAACGUGAUAUCUACAUCGGAACAGGUGUCGAAUUCAUACCAAGUGGAGUCCAAUCCACCUACGCAACAACCGGAGAACACCUCAAACCCCACAAACCUGUUCAAUAUGAGCAACAUAAAUGAUCUUUUCCAAAAACUUGUAGCUUCCGGCAUGGUAACCACAAGUGCCACUCUUCCGGUUAAAGAGACUCCUCCCCCAGUUCAACAAAAUCAUUACAGAGAGAAAUCGAGACAUUCUUUCAAACAGACCAAGAAACACCCUCCCCUAAAACCUGUGACAUUCGACAAACCUGAGCUGUUGAAGGUAAGACAGGGUGCCCUCUAUGAGAAACUGUAUAUUGGGAUGCAGUGCAGCAGUUGUGGUAUGAGGUUCCCUCCCGAGCAAAGUCUGUACUAUAGCCAGCAUCUAGAUUGGCAUUUCAGGCAGAAUCGCAGAGGCAAGAAGAACGCUAGAGUUGCUUCCAGUAGGAAAUGGUAUUAUUCUCUAAGCGACUGGUCUAAAUAUGAGGAAAUUGAGGAUCUGGACGAAAGAGAGAAAAACUUCUUCGAUCAACAACAACAAGCGGAAAACACAGCAGAAGAAGCUGCAGAAGAGACGGAAGUACCAAGUGUUACAGCCGAUCCCGAACUACAAGAUAUCUGUGACGUUUGUGGAGAUAAAUUCGAAAUUUUCUUCCAUGAAGAUAAAGAAGAAUGGCACCUAAAGAAUGCAGUAAGAGAAGAUGAUAGAAUUUAUCACCCUAUUUGUUUUGAAGAAUACCAGCAAUCCCUUCAAAAUGCUGCAUUGGCACAGUCCGACACGGAAGCAGAAGACAAGCCAGUCUCGAACGAAGCCAGUCAAAUACCUGGCAUCGAGAUUGUGCUGGAUGAUGAAGAUGAAGAUAUGGAAAAACCGGAGGAAAAUGAAGUCAUCUUAGACGAAAGCGAUGAAUCCAAAUUGACUACCUGCGAAGAGAAAACGGAAGAGCAGCCAACCGAAUACGAGGAUGAAGAUGACGAUGUCAUCAUUAAAGAAGAAACGAUCGAACAGAUAAUUCUGGAUGAUGACGAUGAGAAGAUGGAGGACGACGAGGAAGUUUCUCAAUCGAGUGUUCCAGCUUCAAGUCGUGGAUCUUCUCCAAUCAUGAAAGAACCAGCGGCUGAAGUUAUUGACGAUGGCUUUGUGGAUGUGAACGAGGGGUUGUUGAUGCUGCAGAAUGGGGGGGGACCUGUGAAGGUGAAAUCUGAACCCAUUGAUGAUGGUUAUAUGGCGGAAGAGAAUGCUUUUGAGAAUUCAAUGGAGGAGGAAGAAGAAGAUAAAACGGAGGAAGUGGACGAACCAAAGGAUUCCGAAUCGGAGCAAACUCAAGCCCAAUCAGCAUUUGUUCCCAGUAUAGACGGUAAUUUAGAAAUGGACAUUAGUGCACCUACACCAGUUAGUAAUGUUUGUGGAAAAAUAAAAAUAAACAUUCACAAACCAUUGCCUGUAAUACCACCCAGAUACAAUAAUAAAGAUAUAUCUCCAGAAAGUGAUACUCUACCUGAAAGUGUAAUUGAUCCGUCACAACCUUUGCCUCCUGGCGAAGAGCCUAUUUUACUUAAACUUAAGCCCGCGUUGCAAGGUGUUGAGCUUAAAAAAAUGCCGAGAGUUCAAAAAGGUUCAGAACUUUCAGGCAUGUGUACAAUUAUGUGAUUUUUUUUUAAAUUAUGUAUAGUCUAUUGUAAAUAUUGUUAAGUUGUAAAUACAUAUACAUAUUUGACUUUUGUGUAAAUAAUUCCGAUGAUUUUCUUAGAGAAGAAUUUAUUUAUGAAUAUUUCGUAGGCAAUUGCAAAAUUGAUUGUGCAGUUGUUGAAGAAAUUGAAUUAUUGUUGAUUUUUGGAGGAAAUAAAUAUUUUUUCAAAUAA